AUGAUAUCAAAGUUACAAUUAUCGUUAGCAAUUAUUAAACCACAUACGGUAAAAAAUCCAGUUGCACUCACAUAUAUUAGAAAUGUUUUGAAAAAUAAGUUUGUUGUUAUAAAAACUAAAAGGCUCUUUCUGGACAAGUCAACUGCUGCAAAUUUUUAUAUUGAACAUAAAGACAAGUUUUUCUUCAACAGGCUCGUUACAUUUAUGUCCAGUGGGUACAUAGACCUUCAUGUGCUAGGACAUAAAAACGCUAUACAUUUAUGGAGGAAAAUGCUUGGCCCAACCAAAGUAUAUAAAGCCCAAUUUGAAGAUCCAUACUCAUUACGGGGCAUGUUUGGGCUUUCAGACACCAGGAAUGUCGCCCAUGGCUCCGAUUCAUUGACAUCAGCAGAGAGAGAAAUAAAAUUUUUCUUCCCAGAGUUCUCAUUCUAUGAAUGGCACAGUAGUAAUGAAGAGCUAUACAGAAAAGGCCCUAUUAUAUUCAACAAACAUUUGUUUCAGCAUGUUAGAAAGUUAUGA